GGGCCGGGCUGACGAGCGAGCGAGCGAGCGGCGGGGCCGAGCCGAGCCGAGCCGAGCGCUCUCCCGGCUGCCCACGAUGCGCCCCUCGCCGCUGCCUCUGCUGCUGCUGCUGCCCGCCUUGGCCGCGGCGCUGCGCCUCCCGCCGGCCUCCCCGACCAACGCCAGCCGCCCGGGUCCCCUCGCCCCUGCGGAGCCGCCCGCCGGCAACGGCAGCGCCGCGCCCGGGCUCCCGGAGUCGGGCUGGGCUGUGCUGCGGGACCUGCCCGCGCUCCAGGCCGGCGUCCUCGGGGCUUGCGCGGCCGGCGCCGCCCUCCUCGCCUGCCUCUUGCUGCGCGUCCUCAGGUCUGGCAGGAAGGUUAAAAAAACCCGCAAGUAUGACAUCAUCACCACUCCAAUGGAACGCGUUGAAAUGGCACCGUUAAAUGAAGAAGAGGACGAGGAGGAAGAUUCCACAGUGUUUGACAUCAAAUACAGGUGAGGGUCAGCUGGACCAUCCAGAUCUGAGUUUGCUGUCCAGUAUCUUGCAAGAAUCUCAGUGACAAAGAGGGCCCCUGCAGAAUACUACUUUAGUCUUGAGAAAGCUCCAGUUGUCUUCACUUCAGAUGCUUUAAAAUGGAUACGAACGCCAGGGGUGAAAAACCUGACUGCUACGUUCCUGGGGACCACCCCAAAAGACCUGGAGGAGACUUCGUACCAGCUCAUGCUUUUCUGCUCUUGUUUUGCUAGAGGUUUGGAUCCGCUGUUGGAUGCCAACUCUGAACCAUCGCAACAGGAGCACCAACUUCUCUUCAAAGACUGAGAGGCCUGAAGGACUUUCGAUUCCAACCUUGAUGGAUGGAUGUUCUGUGCUGCACCUAAACCAUCUGGGAUUGGGUAGUUCUGGGGGCAGCAAAAAAUGUGUCGGCUUAGGACUUGUGCAAACUACUGAAAUGACAGAUGACAUGUGCUGAUGUGUUUGUAUGUAUGUGUAUUUGUGGGUGCAACAUAGACACCUGAGAAUCUUACUACUGUUAACGAUUACACUAAAACCCUAUUCUGCAAUA